CAGACCUCGCGUGCACUCACAGUAGAAACGGCAUCGUUUAAUAGGUAACAACACCGUUAACCCGCUUUUUCAAAAUUGAGAGUCGAAAGUGAAGCAACACUACCAUUUCCAUUUCCCUCUUAAAAAAUAUGUCGACAAGUAAAAUGAGGGUGGAGGAGCUACGAACGGAGCUCGACCAACGCGGACUCACCACCACCGGAACGAAACCCACUCUCGUUCGUAGGCUUGAAGCAGCGCUUCGAAAAGAAAGUAAGCUCUCAACGGCCGACGCUGAUGCAACUUCCUCUGCUAGAAAGAGACAAAGGAACUCUCUCAAUGAUGAUCAUUCCAACGGCUCCGAUAAAAUCACUACUACUCGCUCUCGCCGUGGAAUUUCCAAUAAACAAUUACUUGAAACGGUUACUCACGAUUUGCACCAAGAGGAGGAGGCAAUAGAGGAGGAAAAGAUAGUGACCACAACCAAAAAGGGGGAAGCUGUUCUCGAUCAAUGGCUUCCGGAUCACAUAAAAAUGCAGUAUCAUGUUCUUGAACUGGGUGGUGAAAUCUAUGAUGCUGUGUUGAACCAGACAAAUAUUGGGGACAACAAUAACAAGUUCUAUGUCAUUCAAGCUCUUGAAUCUGAUGAUGGUGGUAGGUUCCUUCUUUACAAUAGAUGGGGAAGAGUAGGCAUAAAGGGCCAAGACAAGAUACACGGCCCAUACUCUUCACGCGAAAGGGCUAUCGAGGAGUUUGAACAAAAGUUCUUAGCCAAGACCAAGAAUGCUUGGUCUGAUAGGAACGAUUUUGUUUUCCAUCCAAAGAGUUACGUAUGGCUGGAAAUGGACUACAGUGGCAAGGAAAAAGAAUCUACAGUUUUUGAAAACCCUGGUCCGGCUUUGAGAAAGCAGCCUCUGGAAUCAAAACUUGAGCCACGCAUUGCAAAAUUUAUAUCCCUUGUUUGCAAUUUGAGCAUGAUGAAUCAGCAAAUGAUGGAAAUUGGAUACAAUGCAAGCAAGUUGCCCCUUGGAAAACUUAGCAAAUCAACAAUUUUGAAGGGUUACACUGUUCUUAAAAGACUUGCUGACAUGAUCGAUAAAUUUGACAGGAAAGCUUUAGAGCAAUUAAGCGGAGAGUUUUACACUGUAAUUCCUCAUGACUUCGGAUUUAAAAAAAUGCGCGAGUUUGUAAUUGACACCCCUCAGAAGUUAAAACGCAAAUUGGAAAUGGUUGAAGCUCUUGCUGAAAUUGAGGUUGCCACAAAGCUAUUGAAAGAUGAUGCAGAAAUGCAGGAAGAUCCCCUGUUUGCUCAUUAUCAACGCCUUCACUGUGAACUGGUACCUGUUGAAUUUGGUACUGAGGAAUUCUCCAUGAUUGAAAAUUAUAUGAAGAAUACUCACGCAGAAACACAUUCAAACUAUACUGUGGAAAUUGUUCAAAUAUUCAGGACAAUGAAAGAAGGCGAGGCUGAACGCUUCCGGAAGUUUUCUAAUACAAAGAAUAGGAUGCUUUUGUGGCAUGGUUCUCGGCUCACAAACUGGACUGGAAUUUUAUCUCAAGGCUUGCGCAUAGCUCCUCCCGAGGCACCUGUAACUGGCUAUAUGUUUGGUAAGGGAGUGUACUUUGCUGACAUGUUCUCAAAAAGCGCAAAUUAUUGCUAUGCUGCUCCUACUGUUGCAGAUGGGGUGCUCCUUUUAUGUGAGGUGGCACUGGGUGAGAUGGCUGAGCUUCUAAACGCUAAGUAUGACGCUGAUAGGUUGCCUGAAGGAAAACUGAGCACAAAAGGAGUAGGGGCUACCGCUCCUGAUAUUUCAAAAGCUCAGGAGCUUGAGGACGGGCUCAUAGUUCCCUUGGGAAAGCCCAAAAAAAAUUCAGGCGUAAAGGGCGCUCUGUUGUACAAUGAAUACAUUGUUUAUAAUGUGGAGCAGAUUAGGAUGCGUUAUGUUGUUAAUGUAAAAUUCAAUUUUAGGACCAGAAAUUAGCAGCAAGACUUGAUUGAAUAUAUGUUCGUUUCAUCAUUAUCUAGUUAUCUAGUUCGCCAGGCCAAUCAACAAUGAUGAUCUGUGUAAAUUAUUAUUUGUACUGAGGAAAAUGAAAGGUUUGCUGUGACCACGAAAAA